GGCCCACUAUAUAUAAAUCUCUGUCCGUUGUUCAUAAGCUUCACUUGUUCAACUUGGAUCAACAAACGUAGCUUCUUCUUCUUCUUCCUCAAAUCAUGUUUUUCCACAUUGUAUUGGAGAGAAACAUGCAGCUUCAUCCUCGUCACUUUGGUCGUGAUCUUCGUGAAAAACUUGUGUCAAAACUAAUGAAAGAUGUAGAAGGAACUUGCAGUGGUCGACAUGGUUUUAUAGUGGCGAUUACUGGGAUUGAAAGUGUUGGAAAAGGAUUAAUUCGUGAUGGAACUGGUUUUGUUACUUUCCCAGUGAAGUAUCAAUGUGUUGUAUUUCGACCCUUUAAAGGCGAGAUUUUGGAAGCUGUUGUCACCAUGGUUAACAAGAUGGGAUUUUUUGCUGAAGCAGGGCCUGUGCAGAUUUUUGUCUCAAAUCACUUGAUACCUGAUGACAUGGAGUUUCAGUCGGGGGAUGUGCCAAAUUAUACAACUUCAGAUGGUUCGGUUAAAAUUCAGAAGGAAAGUGAAGUUAGAUUGAAGAUUAUCGGAACACGUGUUGAUGCCACAGAAAUUUUCUGUAUUGGUACGAUAAAGGAUGAUUUCCUGGGUGUGAUCAGUGACCCAGGCACAAAUGCUUGAUACGGACAAGACGUACUUGACCUUUGUAUAUAGAUGCUGCUGCUGUACCUUUUCAAGGAGAAGUGAUGUUUUCAUGGUUAAACUAUUGGGUAGAAGCUUCAUGUAGUUUCCUAUUGAGAAAUGGAUUCUUCACUGGCUCUGAUUAGAGAAAAUUGCCCAAUGUUGAUUUGUAUUCUUGGCCAGAUUUGUCUCUGCAGCUAGAUUCUAAGUUGAGGUUUUGUUUUAACUUAUGAUGUACUGUCAAUGGAAGUCCACAUAGGUAUUUAUGAGAUGUUCAUCACCAAUGUUGGAAAACUUAGAAGGUUAUAUUUCUGGUCAUGGGUUAAUUGAUGAUACAUUUCAACAGUGUUUUCCAUUAAAUGAAAUUUACUGCUAAUGGAUAACCAUUUGUUACCAAUGGAGAAUUUCUUGUCAUCUUCA